UGUCAGUGUGUGUGCAGACGCAGGGGCUAACCUAACACUCCUCUAGCAGCACAGCUAGUCAGAUCAUUUGUCCACUCGCCGGUGUGUCUGAGAGUGUGUGUGGAGUCUUGAGGAGCUGCUCUCUACGACGUCACACACACGAGAGGGAGACCCACUAAGCAGUGGAAGGUCUCCAUCCUUACACAUUGGACUGAGGACAGUCAACAAGCCACGGUCAGUGACAGACAGACAGACAGAGUAACUUCUUCCAGAGUUGGAUGUGCUGGGGAGAUGAUGUGCUUUUGAAACCAACAAGCUGAAGUGGAUAUUAACCCCGUAUUGACAGAACCGGAGAACUCUGAAGGGACUUUCAGCUCUCAGCAAGGACCUCACUCCAGAAGAGAGAGAGAGAGAGAGUGUGUGUGUGUGUGUGUGUGUGUGUGUGUGUGUGUGUGUGUGUGUGUGUGUGUGUGUGUGUGUGUGUGUGUGUGUGUGUGUGUGUGUGUGUGUGUGUGUGUGUGUGUGUGUGUGUGUGUGUGUGUGUGUGUGUGUGUGUGAGCAUUUAUCGGUGUGUAUCAUCAUGGAUCAGCCAGCCAGCAGCUGCAUGCGGAGCGCCCACCCCGGCAGCCCCAUUUGGGGGUGCGUGAGGAACCCUCACCCCGGAGCAGGGCUCCAGUCCCCCUACCAGCAGGCCCCCUUCUCCCUGCACCAGAAGCCUGAGUUCCUGGCCUACACAGACUUCUCCACCUCCUGCCUGGUACCCGCGCCCCACGCCCUUCCCCGCGACGACAGACUCUACCCAGAGCCCCAUGCGGGCUUUCAGAGGGCCGACUGGCAGUUCCCCCAGUGUGAGACGCGGGGCCGGGGGCAGGAGGCCUGUCCGGUGGAGCCCGUGGCGGUGGGUGGUGAAGGAGUGGUGGGGAGCGUAGCAGGGGAGAUAGACAGCACAGGUGGGGACAGGCUGCCAGGGGCAGUGGCCGGGUGUCUUGAGGGGGAGUACUCGCCACAGAGCAUGGCAUCGGCCGACACAGAGAAGAAGAGCUCCAAGAGGAAGAGAGACAUAGCAGAUAUUCAGGACUUCAAGGUGGGCUCUAACUGCAAAGCGAGGAAAGAGCGCACUGCGUUCACCAAAGAGCAGCUCCGGGAAUUGGAAACGGAGUUCACUCACCAUAACUACCUGACCAGACUGCGUCGCUAUGAGAUCGCUGUCAACCUGGACCUCACGGAGAGACAGGUGAAGGUGUGGUUCCAGAACAGGAGGAUGAAGUGGAAGAGGGUGAAAGGAGGACAGCCUGCUUCCCCUAACGACCUGGAGACAGACGACAUAGACUCUGCUGCCUCACCCAGCUCAGAGUGAGGGGAAACAGGCUGUCCUGAUAGGGGUCCCGUCCCCCCGUCCCCCCAACACAAACAUCCACAGAGAACACCAGCCAUCUUAUAAUAUCCCUAGUCGGUAGUCAGUCUGAACCCCAGUGUUUCGCCUUUUGUAAAUACUGUAGUAUUUGGUCUGGCAAGGUCCAACUUCUUUUUUACCCUUCUCUGUUGAAUGAGGACAAUAUUAGAUCUAACUUGAAAGGGGUUGUAAUAUUUUCUAUACCCAUACAAUCUAACUCUUGGAGCAUUACUGCGAUGGGAGUAUUGGAAUAAAUAAAUGAAGGAGUGGAUUAAUCUUAGUGUAGACUGACAUGUUGCAGUUUAUUACCCUGCCCGAGUGAGCACUUGUAACUCAGCGAUGACAAGUCUGUAAUUUAGAUUUUUUUGUUGUUGAGAACAUCUCCUCAGUUCUCGAUCCGUAGACAUGGUUGACUGCAGCCACCUGCGGACACUCAAACCGUUUCAGCGUUGCCAAACCUUAAGUGCCUCAAAAAUCUGAUUUUAUUCAAAGUUGUGUCGUUACGUUUUCCUAGAAUACACUUUUUCUGUCAAACAAGUUUGUCUUGUUUUUUUUGUACU